ACCAUUAUCUUCCCUCUCUCUUUCUUUCUUAAACACAGUGAUUUGCGAUUGCAGAACCCCGAUCUUCCAUUUCAUAAGGCAUCAGAUUCCUUCAAUACUUUUGCGGCAAACUUGCUUCCUCUUUCCUCCUUUUCUCUCCGGGGAAUAAAUUACCUGAGAAAGUGACUAGUCUCGCUCGUACCUCCACGUAUAGAUGUGGUAUAGAUCAGCAUCUUUUAUUCUCGACAACAGGCUGCAAAACGACGCCGCUUUGGCACCCGACGCAUUUUCAACCUCCCCUCCUGGUGGCACUGGCACUACCCGGACUUCCAUGGCCGAUGCCCCUCAGAACCCCAACCCUAACCCGACGAUUUCUGCUUACUAUCAGACUAGGGCGGCGCACCAUGGCGUUGUCACCAGUGACUGGCUCGCCCAGGCUCAGGCUGCUAUCGACCAGAAUCCAGAUGGCAAUGCUACUUCGGGAAGUGAUGUCAGGGGGUUGGAUACUGAUAAACCGUUUGGCGUGAUCGAUGAGUUCAAUAACUGGCGGAAACAGCCUGAUUUGGCCGAAGCCGUGGCGGCCAUUCGUGCCUUGGCGGCUGUGAUUAGGUCAAGUAAGGCUACGACGAUGAUGGAGCUGGAAAUUGAGCUCAAGAAGGCUUCGGAUUCUCUCAAAUCCUGGGAUACAACCUCUAUCUCUUUGACAGCUGGCUGCGAUCUGUUUAUGCGAUAUGUAACUAGGACUGCUGCCUUAGAAUAUGAAGACUUUAAUUCUGCAAAGUCACGAUUAAUUGAACGUGCUGAAAAGUUUGGGGAAAUCUCGUACAAGGCUCGUAAAGUUAUUGCAAUGUUGGCUCAAGAUUUUAUAUUUGAUGGCUGUACAAUUUUAGUUCAUGGUUAUUCCAGAGUUGUCCUUGAAGUUCUUAGAUUGUCAGCACAAAAUAAGAAACGGUUUCGGGUUUUAUGUACAGAGGGAAGGCCAGACCGAUCAGGCUUGCAGCUGUCUAAUGAACUGGCCAAACUUAAUAUCCCCGUGAAACUCCUGAUAGACUCGGCGGUAGCAUAUACCAUGGACGAGGUGGACAUGAUAUUUGUGGGGGCAGAUGGUGUGGUCGAGAGUGGGGGUAUAAUUAAUAUGAUGGGAACCUACCAAAUUGCAUUGGUUGCACACAGCAUGAACAAACCAGUUUAUGUGGCAGCUGAAAGCUACAAGUUUGCUCGUCUUUAUCCUUUGGACCAAAAGGAUUUGGCCCCUGCCUUACUCCCCAUUGAUUUUGGUGUGCCUAUUCCAUCCAAGGUUGAGGUUGAAAGGUCUGCGAGGGAUUAUACUCCUCCACAAUACUUGACACUGCUUUUCACUGAUUUGGGCGUUCUUACUCCAUCCGUUGUUAGUGAUGAGCUUAUCCAACUGUACUUGUAGUUGUAGGCACAGCCUUCCAUGUACUACGUUUGUCCCCUUAUUCUUUUCAAGAUAGUGUUCUCAUUGGGGAUCAUGUGUCUGCUGGCCCAAUUUUGUACCAAGUUUUGUGCACGUUGCAGCAGCUUAGAUAUAAAUGGGAUGCUUUUAUUUGCUCAGAAUGAAGCUUCUCAGAUAUUUAUUACUCGUUAGGGGGAAAACUUGAAGAUGCUAGAUUUUUAAAGAAAUAAAAUUAUCUUAAUUCUUAUAACCCU